AUGCUUCACCUCGCAGCAUACAUCAUGAUGCCAUGGAGCGGCCUCGCCGCACCGGCCGCCGCACCGACGCCCGGCAGCACCAGCAGCGCGUCGACGCACGUGGCGCUGAACUCGACCAGCCUGGGCCCGGGGGUGUCGAUCUCGCCCGACCGCGCCGGCAACCAAGACCUGAUCAACGCUCUGCUCCAGGCCCCUACUGCCGCGGACCGUCUCAACCUCCUCCCCGACCCCAGCGACCACCUGUACGACUUCAACAACCCGCCGCUCAGCUCGGCCAUCACGACCGGCAACGGCGGCCACACGGUCAAGGCUGACCGCAAGGACUUCCCGGCCCUGAUCGGCACCGGCGUCAGCAUGACCGUCGGGUUCAUCGGCCCCUGCGGCUUCAACACGCCCCACACGCACCCUCGGUCCGCCGAGAUCAACAUCGUCGUCGAAGGUUCGCUGGGCACCGAGUACAUCCUCGAGAACGGCGCGCCCUACAUCCGCAACCGUCUCGACAAGUACAUGAUGACCGUCUUCCCACAGGGUGCCAUCCACACCGAGUGGAACCCAGAAUGCAACGACGCCGUCUUCGUCGCCGGCUUUGCCUCCGAGGACCCUGGUGUCCAGCAAUCCGCUCAGAGGCUGUUCGAUCUCGACGACGACGUGCUUGAGGCCGUCUUCGCAAACGAUUUUACCUUUGACGGCCGCGACAUCGAUCAGUUCCGGAGCCUCAUCCCGGCCAACGUCGCCAACGGUGUCGAAUCUUGUCUGGCAAAGUGUGGUAUUUCAAAGCGAUGA